AGCGCUAUUCAACCAGUGUGAGCACGUGAGGCUGUGUGCGAGUGGUCAGCAGCAAGAGAAAGUGUGUUUCAGUGGCAGCUGCAGUGUGAGUGUGCUUCCUGUGAGCCGACAGCGGGAGUUUGUCACUUCUCUUUGUAAACUGCACGAUUUCAGCUCUGCAGGGAGAACGACACGUACAUGUUCUUUUAUCAUGGAGGCUGCGGCCAAGUAUGACUAUGAAGCUACAGCUGAUGACGAACUCAGCUUCAGAAAGGGAGAGCAAUUAAAGAUUCUGCAGACCACUGGAAACUGGUACAAAGCAGAACUUGAUGGAUCUGUGGGGUUUGUACCCAAGAACUUCAUCGACCUUCAUCUGCCCAGCUGGUACCAGGAAGACUUCAAUCGCAGCGACGCCCAGGAGAAGCUGAUGCAACAGCCCGUGGGGGCCUUCCUCAUACGGGGCAGCCAUUCUGCAGCUCAGGGUGACUUCUCCAUCUCUGUCAGACAUACUGCAGAUGUGCAGCACUUCAAAGUGCUGCGGGACACCAGAGGGCAGUAUUACCUCUGGUCAGAGAAGUUCCCUUCUCUCAACCAGCUGGUGGAAUAUUACAAAAGCACGUCUAUCUCCAAACAGAGUAAAGUAUUCCUGCAAGAGAUGCAUCAGCAGCAAAGAGGAGGCUCAGACAGACCGCCGCUCCCUGCUCCUCUCCCCACUCCUCGACCCCCCAACUGCUCACCUUCACCUGCACCACGACAGCACAAAGCCUCCCCCAAGCUGCAGGUCAGAGCUUUGUACAGUUUCCAGGCUGAAGAGAUGGACGAGCUGCAGUUCAACGCCGGCGAUAUCAUCAACAUUUUGGAGUGCUCCGAUGAGGCCUGGUGGAAGGGCGAGCUGAGGGGCAAAACGGGCCUGUUCCCUUCCAACUACACCAAACCCAUCUGAGAGGAGCACACAGGCUGAUACAUGUAAUCUUAUAAUAACUUUGUAUUAAAAUGUAUGUCUUAUGCUAAUUCAUGCAGGUUAGCCCUAACUAACAGUAAGUCACAACCCUAAACGAACAGCAGAGGCCUCUGCGUCUCUCGACAGAAGCUGUCAGCUGUCUAGAAUAAAAAUGAAGACUAACUUGUUUGGUUGAGGCACACACACACACACACACACACACACACACACACACACACACACACACAGUACAUGGGAUUUCUGUCUAUCAUCAUGGCACACAUACAGCUGUAUAUCCUGUACAAGAGAUGUAAUGGGACGACUGUUUGUAAAAAGGUUUCCAGAAGUUCUCAAAGAAUCAUCACACAGUUUACAGACAGAUGACCUAAGUUAAAGAUACUUGUAAAGUGAUGUCUGCUCUUACAAGAUGACUUAUUACACAGCCUGAGACAAAUAAUUACAUGGGCCUGUACUGUAGUUGUUUCAGUCAUGAUAUCAACAAAAGCAUAUUUAUUGUCAUGUUGUUAUAUUUUUAAUAAACCAGUGAUGCA